AUGUUCCGAAGAGCGCCAGGGCCAGGCCUGAAGGGGCUGAAGGGGCUGGAGGGCUCCGUGGAGUCCUUGGGGAGCUCUUGCCCCGAGGCUAGCAGGGAUUUUGGGGUGCUGCGGGAGAACGGCGCGCCCCGCAGCCUGGGCGAGACGGAGGAGGCGGCGGGCAGGAAGCGCGCGCGGCCGGCGCGGUCCAAGGCGCGGCGCAUGGCCGCGAACGUGCGCGAGCGCAAGCGCAUCCUGGACUACAACGAGGCGUUCAACGCGCUGCGGCGGGCGCUGCGCCACGACCUGGACGGCAAGCGGCUCUCCAAGAUCGCCACGCUGCGCAGGGCCAUCCACCGCAUCGCCGCGCUCUCCCUGGUCCUGCGCGCCAGCCCCGCGCCCCGCUGGCCCUGCGGCCACCUGGAGUGCCACGGCCAGGCCGCUGCGCGGGGCCCGGGCUCCGGGAACGCGGGCUGCAGCCCUCCGCGGCCCGCGCCGACGCCCGCGGCGCCGGGUCUCGCCGGCCCGUUCGCGCCACCGUCGGCUCCGCGCUGCGCCUCGUGCUCCCCGCACGCGCACCCGCACCCGAGGCAGCCCAGGGCGGCGGCCGAGACACCCGGCUCGGCCCAGGCCUCGAUGGGGAGCUGGCGCCGAUGUCCUGGGGCUCCACCGGCCGGGCCGAGUCCGUGGCAGCGGGGCUACUUGCGAACCGGCUCUGGGCUGGGUUACCAGCUCUCCUGACCCUGCCCCCAGCCCCUUAGAUGUCCUGGAAGGAAGGUGGCCGCCAGGAGGACUACAGAAGAGAAGACUGCGAAAACUGCCCCGGACAGAGCAUUAACUGAUGGGGCUGCGUCUUGAGUGGGAGAGGAGGCUGCCUUGCCAGUGGGAAGGAACUUUGGGGAUUGGGGCAGCACCCUUACCUCCGGGCCUCGGGUGCUAAGGAAGAAGCAGGGUUUUAGGUUGGGACUUGUUCGACUUUUCUUGGAGAGUGGCUUUUGCGUUCUUGUACCUCUGAGCCCUGCUUUCUCUUGCUGCUUUUGGACGGUGGGACUUGUGUGGGAGUGUGGGUAAACAUUUGCUGUGAUAUAAGGGCCGCAUGUUGUGGCCCCUUUAC